AUGUCAGUGGCUACGGGUCUGUGUAUAGCGUUACCUGCCAUACAAGCUGACCCGUUCGACGGUCACCAUACCCUCAGGUGGUCAAGAACAGCGAGGAGUAUUCAGGGAGAGAAGCGCCCGACAGUUAGUAGGGAGCGUUCGUUCGUGGACGAUGAACAGGAAGUUGAACACGUGAUUCAGUACCGUCUACCGCGUAUCAAUGUAUCACGUGAUGAGUUGGACAGUGACCCGCUCGAAGUAGAUGACAAAGUUUUUAGUCGCUAUGGUUACGAAGAAACAGUAAGGAUUCCAGAAUUGGGUCCUGUCGUCCGUAUGCUCAAUCCUCCACAAACAUACGUCCAGACCGACAGACAGACCAACAUGUUGGUACCGAGAUUCAAACAUGCCGCCAUCACUCCUCGCCGGACUCCAUGGACAAGUCGGGAACGAACGGAUGGCGGAAUCAACAGAGCAAUGAGCAGCCACAAAUAUCGAGUGGAUUCUAGUAAACCGGAAGUGGAACCGGAACCUAGCCCAUCCCCUGUCAGUCGUAGCGAUUCUCCCGCCAAAUCUAUCAAAAGCAUACACUGGAUGCUGGGCAGCACUAAACAUCCGUUGUUCGACCAUAAGGGCCGGAGUCGAUACCAAGGCCCAUUCUCACGAGAGUUCUCCGUGACCUGUAUUGCCCCUACCAACUGGAUGCGGAUGAAAUGGGGUCGUUCUCGUACUACUCUGGUGCAAUAA